AUGACUACGGCCGCACAGCCGCAGACCCCUCUGCACGACUCCUACUCCAUUCCUCAUCCCCAUGAGUCAGGGGCAACGAUUCGAGGAUACAGCGGAGUGCGGUCUUCCUCGCGUCCAAGUUCCUACGCCGGUCCUAGUUCGGCCUACAACCCCAGUCAGGAACAAUCCAAUCAAUUGGCCCACAACCCGCGCUUCAGGGAGGACUUUGAGGCGGCUAGUCGUCGGAGCUCGAUCCUCAUGGAUGGCCAAGCUGGCGGCAGUGCUCCGGUUCAGCGGUCUGCCUCGGUUAUGUCCCGAGGUCCAUCGCGCUCCGGCACACUUCAGAAGAAGUCCUCGUUGAGCCGGAGGAGCAGUUUGCGCCGAAGUGGAAGUCGUCGGUCAACACGCGCGGGGAGCGUCCGAAGCCUCAGCCUUGGGGCUCGUGAAAGAUACAAUCCGGACGGCGAGGACGACAGGAACAAUGUCUUCGCGGUUCCAAUCCCCACCCACGGAAACCCCACCGAGGUUUUGGCGGAUCGGUUCCAAGCCUGGCGCAAGGUUCUCAAAGACCUCAUUGCCUUCUUCAAGGACAUUCAAAAGUCAUACGAAACUCGGGCCAAGCUCUUCCAAUCUGCCACCAGUGUCAUGGGCCACCACUCCAUGCCACCAAAUUUCCUGGAAUCUGGUGGCCUUGCCGACGCGCAUGAUAUUCUACAACACUUUCACCGCCAGGGACUGGCCGAGGCCCAAAAGGCGGCCGACGUCGAGGUCGAGGUUAUCAGUCAAUUGACUGGACUGCGAAGCGAUCUUCAGAAGAAGACCAAGGAGAUCAAGAGUCUCUCUGGCGAUUUCAAAAACACCGUCGACAAGGAGGUUGAAGGCACACGCAAGGCCGUGCGCAAUCUCCAUGAAGUGCUCGGCCUGGUGGACACUGACCCAUCAGCCACAUCGGGCAAGGGUGACCCAUUUUUGCAGCGUCUGAACGUCGAUCGCCAGAUUGAGAAACAGAUUGAGGAAGAGAAUUACUUGCACCGGGCAUACCUGAACUUGGAAAAUUCGGGUCGCGAACUCGAGUCCAUCGUUGUGAGCGAGAUCCAAAAGGCCUACAACGCUUACGCAAUCAUCCUGAAGAAAGAAGCGGACGAGGCGUAUGACACUGUCGAGAAGCUCCGUGCUGGCCCAAUCUCUAUGCCCCAGGAUCACGAGUGGAACGCCUUCGUUGCCACCAGCUCCGAACUUGUCGACCCGCGCAUUCCUCUGCGUAAUGUUGACAGUGUCACGUACGAUGGCAUCGAUCAUCCUGCCGCGGCCGAGGUUCGGGCGGGCAUGCUCGAGCGCAAGAGCAAAUAUCUGAAGAGUUACACUCCGGGAUGGUACGUGCUGUCGCCGACUCACUUGCACGAAUUCAAGUCGGCCGACCGAGUCGCCUUCCAGACCCCGGUCAUGUCGCUCUAUUUGCCUGAGCAGAAGGUCGGUACUCACUCAGAAGAAAAUUCGAGCUCCCACAAAUUCCUGCUGAAAGGGCGUCAAACUGGUGCGAUGCAUCGCGGUCACUCCUGGGUGUUCCGGGCUGAAUCGCACGAGACCAUGAUGGAAUGGUACCAUGACAUUGCCAAGCUGUGUAACUCGACCGGCGAGGCUCGAAACGCGUUUGUGCGCCAGCAUGUGCGCAGUGUGAGCGGUCGUUCCACCCACAGUGAUGUGAUGGAAGAUGAUGAAGCCGAUCAGACUCCCUAUUCAGCCGGGUCGGUUGUCUUGGCUCAAGAGCGACCCACCUCCGCCACCCGCCAGCCCGGCGGAGCCUUCCCGAGUGACGUCCAGAUCGAUCGACAACUUGCUGCUCCAAUGUCCCCUUCCAGUGAAAACAGCUCGAACGGCCGAGAUAUGAUCGCCGCUGCUACGGGAUUGCCAGAUGGCACCGGCGAAGCGGGACCUGCUCGUUACUAUGGCGCUGGCGAGCCCGAAUUGGCCACGUCUGACGCCCGGGAGAUCGAUGACGGCUCCACCCGGGUGGAUCCAUCGCGCUCCCAGAUGAAUCGCCAGGACUACACCCGCCACGGCAGCUACUAUGGUGACUGGAUGGGGCCGGCGGCCAUUCUUGCGGUGCAGCAACAAAAUCAACAAAAGCAAGCGGCCGAGCCCGAAGUGAGCGACUACCAAGAGCGGCCUGAAGAGCAGAAGGCCGUCGAGGGUUCCGGUGGUAUCUAUCAGGCAGGCGAACACCACGAUACCAGCGACCGUUACGACAUGAAUGAUCGUUAUGACCCAAUCGAUCACCAGGACGCUCCCGCUUCUGGACAGAGAGUUCGGCCGGAGAGCGUUUCGACUGUGCCGACCAACACCAACGGCACCGACUACACCUACAACACCAUGGCUACCUCGAUUGAUGAAUCUCCCGAACUGGGUCCCAAGGGUACUGCCGUAGCUAGUAGUUCGACUCCUACUGCGGCUAUUCCGCUUCCCAUUCGCAACUUGGAGCAAGAGUCUCCCGCAAGCAAGCCCGACUCCGCCAACAUGGGUCAGCCGACGCGCGCGCCUCUUGUACAGCUUGAUAGCGUCCUGUCUAUUGACCAGAAGAUUCCCGGUCGCUAUCCCCCUACCAACGUGGCGGCCUAA